AUGACCGCGCACAAGAGAAAGAAACUAAACUUGAGAGUCGUUAGACCAAGCAGGCCCGUUCAAGUCCGACGCCUUGAGAACGAACCAUACCAGAUCGACGAGAACGGAAUGGUUGUUGCCACGAUCAAGUGUGUUGUUGUCGGCGACGGCGCGGUUGGCAAAACAUGUCUGCUCAUCUCUUACACCACAAACAAAUUCCCCUCCGAAUAUGUUCCCACGGUCUUCGACAACUAUGCUGUGACGGUGAUGAUCGGGGAUGAACCAUACACCCUUGGACUUUUUGAUACGGCCGGACAAGAGGAUUAUGAUCGACUUCGCCCAUUAUCAUACCCACAGACUGAUGUCUUUCUCGUUUGCUUUUCCGUCACCUCGCCAGCUUCCUUUGAAAACGUCCGCGAGAAAUGGUUCCCUGAGGUUCACCACCAUUGUCCUGGAGUUCCUUGUUUGAUCGUUGGCACGCAGACCGACCUUCGAGAUGAUCCAUCAGUUCGCGAGAAGUUGGCCAAACAGAAAAUGCAACCUGUCCGCAAGGAGGAUGGAGAGAGAAUGGCCAAGGAACUUGGAGCUGUCAAAUACGUCGAAUGCAGUGCACUAACUCAAUACAAGCUCAAAGACGUGUUUGAUGAAGCGAUCGUUGCAGCGCUAGAGCCUCCACCGAAGAAGAGUAGUAAGAAGUGUACGAUUCUUUGA